AUGGCAGCAAAGGUAGUACCCGGCGCAAACUACGGAAGCAAAUUCGCCAACUUCAACAUCCUACAAAACAACUACAAAGUCGUGGAUGGACAUGAGAUCCGUGCCGACCUGAUCAUACCAAAGUCUCUCCCAGCGGGGAAGGCACCUGUCAUUGCCCGAUUCCAUGGUGGUGGUCUCGUGCGAGGAGAUUCUAUUUAUGAAGACUGGUUUCCGCGCUGGUUGCUCGAACUCGCAGAAAGGUAUAAUGCAGUCAUCGUUUCCGGCAAUUAUCGCUUUUUACCCGAAGUCACCGGUCUCGAUAUCUUGGAUGAUGUCGACGAUUUUUGGACAUGGUUGCACUCAAAAGAUCUCGCGACUCUUCUACAGAGACAGCACGAGCUGAAAUUAGAACUUGACCUCGAUCGAAUCAUCACGGCAGGCGACUCGGCUGGAGGGUUGUUGAGCAUUUACCUUGUCUUGUCUCAUCCGGAUGAGAUCCGCGCUGGAACAGCCGCAUAUCCGGCUAUUGGAUGGGACAACCCUCCCCUAUUGCCCACGAAAUCAAGUGCAUUUUUCCCUUCGGUACCAAAAUCAUUCAUCAACGAGUACGUCGCAAACAUUAAACCAGGGCAAGUAUCCUCGUCGGAUUUGGACCUUCAACGUGUGAAGAUAUCGCAAGCCAUCAGCGCGAAUCAAGAGGGAUUCGGGUUCUACAUCAAAGAUUCAAAGAAAUCGCCCACUCGCGAUAGGUUAUAUCAGCUUGCCAGACUCGAGAAGCCAGACGCGAGACUGCCCCGUGGUGGAUUGGUGAUUUUUCAUGGUGUUGAUGAUGACGCUGUCCUGAUCCAGGCCAGUGAGCGAUUUGUGGACAAGGCUAGGGAGGUCUUGAAGGGUAAACAAGGGGGUGAUAAUAUUGUGUUGGCUUCGCGGCCUGGUCCACAUGGGUUUGAUGUUGAUGCAUCUAUUAAAGAGGAGUGGAUGAAAGAUGCGCUGAAGACUGCUGUCCAGACAUGGUUGGAGUAGUUGAUAUCUCUUGGUAUUUUAAUGUCAUGG